AUGAUUUAUCUCAACUUGGAACGUUCAGAAAUUUUAGAAAAUAUUCAAGGUGGAAUCGUAGAUAAGAAUAACAAUAUUAGUACAAUAUUUGAAGAAAUAGAUUCUUUAAGAGAAAUGAAAACUUCAUUGAGUUUCAAUAUGGCAACACUAGCGCUCAAUCCUGGUCGUAAUUCAUCUGAUUAUCAUUAUAACGAUCGAUUAAUAACUGAAAUGACUAUAUUGAAAAAGUUAGGACGAUGCAAUAAUAUCAUUAAAUUUAUUGGUGUUGUAAAAUUGAAUAUUGGAUUCAUUAGCAUUUAUGAAUGGGCAGAAGAUGGAAAUUUAAAGGAUUAUUAUGAACUUCAAGGAAAAGAAUUUAACUGGAAUGAUAAACUUCGAAUUUCUCUUGACAUUUGUCGUGGCUUAUGUUUUUUACAAAAUGCAAAUAUCUCACAUCAACGUCUUGAAGCUAAAUUAACAGGAUUUCAAAGAAAUUGUGCUUAUAUCCUUCAAUUUGAGAAAAGAAACGAUAAGGGACAAGAUGAAAUAAGAUGGUCUGCUCAAGAAUACUUGGUUAACAAAAAUUGGAAUGUUAAAAGUGAAGUAUUUAG